GCAGCAUUGGUAAUGAUCGAAGUAUAUUUGAAAAGUAGGAAUCAGUGCGCUUGAUAAUAAAUGGUCGAGGAAGUAAGCAUAGAAGGCGAUGGACAAGAUGAAUUUACUGAAAGUGAGCUUUCUUAUAGUAGUGAUGAUGGAAGUAUUGAUACGCUUGGGUCAAGUCAACACAGAAAGUUGAAACGACUAAGGAAAAUGUCUAGUUUGUUAAAAACACAAAUGGAUGUUGGUUUUCCGAGUAGUUAUACUUCACAGUUAAUCAAAUGGUCAGUUGAGUUGGAAAAGGAACGAGAACAUCAACAAAUGAAACUUAAUGUGAGGAAAUCAAGAUGGAGUCAGUGGAGUAGAAGGAGUAGUGUUCUGUUUCAACCUAGCGUCAGGAAAGUAAUCGUCCCAUUACCGAAUGCUGUACGAAGUAUCCUACAUGAGUUACAAAUAUGCUGGACUGUAAUGCAAUUAACUUCAGUUGUUUGGUUUAUGACAAAAGUUGACUGGCAGUUAAGGUUAUAUGGUCCAUUCAAUGAGUUUCCAAAUUAUACACCCAGAAGUAUGCCUUGGCUCCCAUCACAAUAUGAAAUGCAUACACGUCUUAAAGUCUCAUUAGUAAUGCUGAUUUGCUUUUAUAUCCCAGGUGUGCUUGUACACUUUAAUUACGUGUUGGAUGAUUGUCCAGAUGAAACUCCACUACAGUUGGUAAGAAAAGUUUUCGAAGCUCAAAAUCGUAGAAAAUCAAUACGCAAAUCAAGAAGAUGGACAUUCGAUACUAGGUUCGACUUGUACCGUCGGCCUCGAAGACGACAAUGGGCAACCUGUACAAUAACGGUUUUCUUAAUUUUGCUAUUUUUUUACAAUGUUACUAUAUUAAUCGAUGGAUUUAUAGCAUACAGAGAUGAAAUUUUGAAAUUCCAACAAAGCAAACAGCAGUUUCUUAAACACAUCGGUAUACAACACAGCUGCUGCAAUGAUAACUUCUCCGAUUGCGAUAAUACCGAUUUGAAAAAAAGUGAACAGUUUUAUCAGAAUGAUUGUGUAAAACCAAUAACUGAAAAUAUUAUCUGUCGUUGGAAGAAGUUGGCAUUGAUAAACCUACUCAUAAUAACUAUAUCACUAAUUCCACAGCUAAUACUAUUUCUAAGCAUUUUUCACAUACGUGCUGCAAUACAACAAUAUGCUAUAAUCAUUUUGGAAAUGUAUGCUCAAAUAACAUUUUGGCAAAGAACGAAGAAAAUAACUCAACAAAGAGUGAGACAACAAUCGGAAUUGCUGAGUAGACCCUCAAAGAACCAUCUCUUAAGAUUGUCACAAAUACAGUUCAAAGAAGAAAAUAAUAUGAAAAGAAGUGUAACGACAGAAGAAUAA